CCCUUGCCCUCAUGCGCGCCGACAAGCUGCUGUGUGCUCUCUUGCGCGACGACGCGUCGGGCGCCAGCCGGCCCGUCGUGAUACUCGAGAUCCUCGACGCCGACUUCUUUCAGCUCCGCGCCACGCGCUGCCUCGCCUUUGAUCCGCAUCGACUCCUUCCCGACCAAGUGCAGGCGGAGCGGUGGCGGAGCGAGUUCACUGCACACGGCCUAUGGGAGACAUUUGGCGCUGCGGCGAGACAGAUUCACAAGACGGUGUUUGGCACCGACUGCGUCAAUCCCGAGGACGACUACAGCACCUACGUCGUGCCUCUCGACGCGGCCGCGGCAGACUUUCCGUGGCGCGACAUCGGCCGCCGCAGGAGCAAGGAGACGCGCCGAGGCGAGCAGCACGACGCCGUUUACACGCCGCAACUCGCGCUGACGCCUGUGGCCACCUUUGGCGACGACGAGGGCGAGGAGGUGGGUGAGUACCGCAGCGACGGCGGUUGGAUCAGUGUCAGCGCCGGACGGCCGUACGUCCCGCCGCACUUGAGCUUGGAGGAGGCGACCAAGAGGCUUCGCAGACACAUGCCCAAUGGCCGGUACGUGCCCAAGGUGCGUCCACGAGACCGCUUUCUUCCGGGCGAGAAGAUGGAGGGCGAGGAGCUUCGCAAGCGGUACGCGCAGGAGAGCGGCUCGACGACCGGUCACGGGCGGAAGCGGAAGCGGAAGCGGAGCGUGUGCACGGACGUCGGCCGCGUCAUCUUUGUCUCGCCCUCGCCGCCGUCCGGGCGAGACGGCAGGUGCUUCGACCUGACCCCGCCCUCCCCGUGGGGCCUGCACCCGGUCGUGGUCAAGGCGCAGGAGCAGGACGUGGCGCCGCUGCCCGAACUUGGCCUCAACUACUUGCGCGUGCAGUCGGCCCUCUCCUUCCACCACACCUUUGCGGCGCGGUGGGCGGCCCACUCGGAGGAGCGCGCCGACCUGACCUCUGACGAGGCGGCCAGCUUUCGCGCCGCCAUGGGUGCCGCGAUCGACCACGCGGCGAGGCGCACAAAGGCGCACUAUCCCGGCGAGGGAUCGUGGCGAGCGAGCGGGCGCGGCGAGUAGGACUGUGGCCGAGAGCUGGUCAGCAAGGCGAUGCGAGUCCGCGCGUGCGAGCGGUGCAGUCCGCGCGUGCGAGCGGUGCGGCGUGUGGGAGGAGGCGGUGACGGCGAGACGCUGACGCCGGACGGGUUGUGUGUGUGUGUGUGUGUCCGCCAAGUCAUCACCGUCGCCCUCCCGGUGUGUUACAUCAAUCGUCUAGCGCAUCCUACCCAGCUCGCUCCUCCCCACAAGGUACAAGACAUUCGCACCACUGGAUGGACAACGUUUAACGUACUCGAGAUACAAUU